GAAAAAAAAAAAAAGAUCACAGAUACAGAUACAAAGAGGAGUCCUCUAUUUAUGUCUAUGGCUCGACUCUGCUGUAGUUCAGUUGGCAAGUGCAGCCAGCACACACGGACCAAUUCCUGGACCAGAGAGACUUGAGUUUUAUGGUCCAAAGUGAUUCCUGAUGGUAGCUACAGACUGAGAAGGAAGGACUGACUGACUAUAACUACAACCUCUACCAGAUUAAGACCUCAAACGGGUUUGUGUGACCUACCCUUCAGUGUGGGGGUGUUAGGACUAUCCCUCUGACAGCAUGGCCCCAGCGGUGGGCGGUCCGGUGGGCUACACUCCUCCAGAGGGGGGCUGGGGCUGGGCGGUGGUGGUGGGAGCCUUCAUCUCUAUCGGCUUCUCCUAUGCCUUCCCCAAGUCCAUCACUGUCUUCUUCAAGGAGCUGGAGGCCACCUUUGACGCUACUCCCUCACAGGUCUCAUGGAUCUCCUCUAUCAUGCUGGCCUGCAUGUACGGUGGAGGACCAAUUAGCAGUAUUCUGGUGAACCGCUAUGGCAGUCGACCAAUCAUGAUGCUAGGGGGCUGUCUGUCAGGAAGUGGUUUGAUAGCAGCUUCCUUCUGCAACACUGUGCAACAACUCUACUUCUGUGUCGGAGUUAUUGGAGGUCUGGGUCUAGCGUUCAACCUGAACCCGGCGUUGACUAUGAUUGGUAAAUACUUCUAUAAGCGUCGUCCUAUAGCUAAUGGCAUUGCCAUGGCGGGCAGCCCAGUCUUCCUGUCCACGCUGGCUCCUCUUAACUCCUGGUUCUUUGACCAGUUUGGCUGGAGGGGCUCCUUCCUCAUCCUAGGUGGUCUACUGCUCAACUGUUGUGUAGCCGGGUCCUUGAUGAGACCCAUUGGACCCAAACCUGCCGACCCCCAACUGUCGGAGAACGGGGCGGUGAAGAAGGCGGAGUCUAAUCUGACGGUGAUGCAGCGUGUCAAUGCCGUGAUCGACCUGACGCUGUUUAAACACCGCGGCUUCCUGCUGUAUCUCCUUGGCAACGUCAUCAUGUUCUUUGGCCUGUUCUCUCCCCUAGUCUUCCUCUCCAACUACGCUAAGAGUAAGGACAUCAGUAAAGAGAAGGCUGCUCUGCUUCUCUCCAUCCUCGCCUUUGUUGACAUGUUCGCCCGUCCUUCUAUGGGGCUGUUAGCCAACACCCGCUGGGUCCGACCCAGGAUACAGUACUACUUCGCUGCAUCCGUGCUCUAUAACGGGGUGUGUCACGUCUUGGCGCCGCUGUCCGUGGACUAUGUAGGCUUCGUGGUGUAUGCUGUGUUCUUUGGGUUUGCGUUCGGCUGGCUGUCAGCAGUUCUGUUUGAGACUCUGAUGGACCUGGUCGGGGCCCAGAGGUUCUCCUCAGCCGUCGGACUCGUCACCAUCGUGGAGUGUGGACCGGUACUGCUGGGACCGCCACUACUCAGUCGUUUCUAUGACUUCUAUGGUGACUACCAGUGGACCUACCUGUGUUGUGGUAUCAUCCUCAUCAUCUCCUCAGUUUUCCUCUUCGUAGGGAUGGGCAUCAACUACAAGCUGUUGGAGAGAGAGAAGGAGGAGGAGGAGAGGAGAGAGAUGGAGCGGCCCAAGGAGGAGUGCACAGCCAUGCUGGAAGGAGAGAAGGAGGAGAGGAGAGAGACUGAGCGGCCCAAGGAGGAGUGCACGGCCAUGCUGGAGGGAGAGAAGGAAAGGGGGGAGGAGAGUAGUGAGGCCACACCCAUGACGGAUGUUUCUAAGAUGGAUGAAGAUAUUGUUUAGCAGGGUAGGCAACUAAAUGUAGUCGCGGUCGAGGGGCCGAAACAACAUAAUUAGAAUAAUUUGAACACUGUAAAUUCACCACAACUAAGCCCAAAAAGAGAGAACAUGAUCAUUUCAUACCUUGAUUACAUUGUGAAUAGUUGGGAGCACAUUUCCUACAUUUAAAUAAUUUUUAGUUGAAUUCCUGUAUCCCCUUAUUAUUACUAUAAUUAUUAUUAUUACUACUACUACUUCGGGGCGCCUGUUGCCAACCCCUGCUGUAUAGAGACUGACCUGAUCUGGACACACACCCUCUGGUUUAGGUACCUUUGGUAAACUGAGCCGAGUCCUCUACAGUAGACGAGCUAUAACACAGAGGACUACUGUCUCUGAGCUCACAUAUACAACAUCCAGUAUCUAUCCCAGCUCUACACACUGUCUUCAUACAUACCUGAAUGGUCAUCACAUCAGUCUUUGUGCUUCCCAGAUCCAGUGUGCGGUACGAUCAAUCACAGUAUUAUAGGUGAUCAGAAUGAUUGAUAAUGUUGUUUUUAUAAUGUUAAUGAUUAGUAGAAUGUAGAGACAAUUGUGAUUCUGUAAUGAUGUAGAUUUCUAGUUGAGGAGCACAACGAUGUGAUUUCAAGCUUUUCAGUUUAGCCGAGAAGCUUUUUGUAAGCACUUUGAACAUCUUUCUGAAGACAGACACAACCUUUUGUGUGUGGACGUGUGUGUGUGUGGGGACGUGUUUAACUAUUUUUGUCCCCCACGAGAAUAGUAAAGGAACAAAAAUGUGACCAACUGGGGACAUUUUGUUAGUCCCCACAAGGUCAAAUCCUAUUUCUAGAUGGUUUAGGGUUAGAAUUAGUGUUAGAAUGAUAAGGUAAGAGUACAGGUUAGGGAAAAUGGGAUUUUGAAUGGGACUGAAUUGUGUGUCCUCACAGUUAGCUCUGUGUGUGUGGCAGGCGGACACGCAGGCAUCAGGCGGACACGCAGGCAGGCAGGCGGACACGCAGGCGGGCACGCAGGCAGAUAGACACAGGCGUUUCUUUUAGUGCUGUAUCAUAUCAGCAGAUACUGUAUCAAUAUGUCCCAAACUGAAUCCUGUUCCCUAUAUAGUGCACUACUUUAGACCAGAGCCCUAUUCCCUGUAUAGUGCACUAAGGUAAAGGGUACUAUUUUGAGGUCCUAUGUCUACAUAUACAGUAUGAGCGUUAAUUCAGUAAGUCCUUCCAUUCAGCAGUCUGGGGUAGUACCAGCUGUCACCAGGAGGGCAGUAGAGUCUUUAGAACAUUCAGCAGUCUGUGGUAGUACCAGCUGUCACCAGGAGGGCAGUAGAAUCUUUAGAACAUUCAGCAGUCUGGGGUAGUACCAGCUGUCACCAGGAGAGGGCAGUAGAAUCUUUAGAACAUUCAGCAGUCUGGGGUAGUACCAGCUGUCACCAGGAGAGGGCAGUAGAGUCUUUAGAACAUUCAGCAGUCUGGGGUAGUACCAGCUGUCACCAGGAGAGGGCAGUAGAAUCUUUAGAACAUUCAGCAGUCUGGGGUAGUACCAGCUGUCACCAGGAGAGGGCAGUAGAGUCUUUAGAACAUUCAGCAGUCUGGGGUAGUACCAGCUGUCACCAGGAGAGGGCAGUAGUCUUUAGAACAUUCAGCAGUCUGGGGUAGUACUGGCUGUCACCAGGAGAGGGCAGUAGAAUCUUUAGAACAGUGUUCACGUUUACUGACUCAAAAUCACUUUCAGUCAACAAGUCAGCCAAGAUCUACAGCUCAGAUUGUUUUUCCUUAAAUGACUUUAAUAAUGUAACAUGAACCUAAUAAAAACAGUUCUGUAGGAUUGUGCAGUAGGCCUAAUACAUUAUCACAGCAUAUUGGCUAUGUGCCUGGCCUGCCAAUAUUGUUCUACUACGACCAUAUUAUAUUUCAAAUAUCGAGCCUUGAUAACAAAAUAGAUCAGUUGGUGUAGCACUUGCAAGGCACUGUGGAGCAUUAAUUAAAAUAAUUAGCUUUUUUAUUUUACUGCACUGAUGGUACCUGCAUCUUAUGGUCAUGGUGCUUUCAAUACAACUGGGAAUUUGAGAAAAAUAAAACUAGGUCAAAAAUAUGAAGUCAGUGAUCUUCAGGUUGGAAAGUCGGACCUCUAGAAAGAUGCCAGAGUUUCCGACUGGGAAUUCCGAGUUGGAUGUCCUUCAAAACAAAUGUUCCCAGUCGGAUCUAAAAAAAAAAAAACAUUCAGAGUUCCCAGUUUUCUUCAACACACUGAAGUCGGAAGGCAGAGAUUUCCAAGUUCCCAGUUGUUUUGAACACUGCAUUAGUCUCAAUGGAGGGAGGGAGAGAGAGAGCAGCAGAGGGUUCACCUCUCACGGUCCCUGUUCUUUCCUUUUCCUCCCGUGAGACUGACCAGAGAGAGGGGACACCAUCUUCCACCUGGUGGCCAAACUUGAGUCGCACCGCAUCUGCCUCAUGCACAAAUUCAUGUUGUUCCUGUGACCAGAGAAAGUGAAAUAUUCCUUGAUAUUAAAAUAGACACGACAAGCUGCUAAUAAUGAUAAAACGCAGGGCUAUCGCUGCACUUGGCUACUCAUUCAUUGCAGCUACAGCGUGAGCGGAAGUAUGGAGAAGCGUGUUUUAUGUUUUGUAUUAGUGUUGAAUAAACACAGUUGACAGUGCUGAAUACACAAACUCAGCAGCUCUUUGCUCUAUUCUAUGACUGUCUCUCUGUGGUCAUAAUUCUAAAAUGUUUUAAAUGUUAUGUAGGCUAGUAGCCUAUCAAACUGCUGUGGCCAAGGGUCCUGGAAGAUCUGCAGGCAUUCUCCAUUUAGCUACAGAUCUCCCAGUCUCUAGAGUAGGCGGAGUUGAUCUUUUCAGACAAAUAAAAUGUUUCAAAAUGGGAACACUUUGCCUAGCCGGUGUGCAGGGCUUCUGAAUCAAUGCACCUACUAACAACCGUGUAACAUGAAUAAGAAAGGAGAGUGAGCCUUUAUCGUUGGCUUUUCUACAGACAUGUUUGAUGAUUAAGAAUACCUUGAAGAUCGACCAGUCAGCGACUGUGCAUUAGAAUAUUCAGAAGGCUGGGGUAGUACCGGCUGUCACCAGGAGAGGGCAGUAGAGCCUUUAGGACAUUAGAACCUUCUCUCUGGGUUAGGUUGCCCAGGGGACAAAAAUAUAUCCUCAAUUUUUCGACCUUUCAGAUUUUUGUCAUUUAACUCCAUCGAUCAGCACCCCACAUUGAAAUGUUUUUAGAAACAGAAUUAAAUCAUGUUUGUAACACUUGAUUACUUUAGCAUUUCUUGUUCUCAGUCUUCCAUGAUAUUGUGACGCAGCCUUUCUUUACUGUGUGUGAUGUCAUGUUUAAAGGAAGUGUUUCAUCAUGUUUUUCCUAUUUGAUGGAUGGUAAUGAAGGAACAGUGUUGCUGCUUCAGUUGUAGUAUGCAAAAGCUAGCUAUUAUCUGGUGCUUAAUGAGGGAUUUGGGCCCUGUUUAGAUCCACUCAAACACUGCCUUUCCGCCUCCCCUCCUUUCUGUCAUUUUGUGAGGAAGGAUGAGGUACAUAUUUGAACUGAAGGAAUAUAAAGCUACUGUGGCUUGUGAUGUCUUGAGGUGAACCCUGGUUGUAAAAAGAUACCUGGAAGGUUGACAGGAUUUAACAUUUAAUAAGUCAUACUCUUCCAGCAGUGUGGAGGAGUUUUGGUUCUUGUGAUCAAUGUUCCCUUAAAAUAAUUUAGGCGCUGAGCAAAUUUCAGGUCUGCUUAGCACAAACUUGUUGAAUGUUGUGAAGGUUCUGUGCAACUUCCGCCGCGUUUACUGAGGCUGUACCGGCUUUACAGUUACAUUUUCAGACAGUGGUCAAGUAGGCUACUGUGGCUAUGUGAUCAUAAUGUAGGCCUACCAGAGUGGCCUACCAUCAAAACAAUGGAGAAAAUGCAUCCCAUAACAUUUGAACAUGGAAAUAGCUGUUGUAUCAUUCAGCCCACAGUAGCAGCCAAUGUGUGGUUUGUGUAGAGGACGAGUCAUAGUUCCUAUUCUGGUGGGUUCUGCCUGAAACACAAUCUCUUGCAUAGUUAGUUUUGCAUACUAAGUCUUGCAUAGUUAAUUUUGUUUCGGUAUGUUACAUAGAAAGCGGUUAAUAUUUCAUUGAUUCUCUGACAAUUCCCACAGUAAAGGGAAACAUUGAGAGAGUGAAUUACAGGGAGAAAACUCUAGAAAGUUGAGUGAAGUUAAAUCUCGUGCUUCAUCUUAGAUGGAACAUUGCUUGUGAUUUAUAGUUGAAUAUCUCCGCAGCACAAGCCAGCAGGUUGACCUCAAGAGUUCGGAGAACAGUAGAAAACAUAUGACAUUUCACUGGAAAGAAAACAUGACUGUGUAAAAAUAACAAACAAUGCAGUGUUACUUUUUAUGGAAAUGAAUAAACCAUUUAAAACACAA